ACACAUUUCAUUUCAGUUUCAUUGUAGGUACAGCCCAGUAACGUGUUUUAUUUUCUAGUUUUAUAAAAUCCGAAAAAUAGAAAAAAAAAAACAACAAUAUUUUGAUAAUGUCUAAUCAACCACUGAAUACUAUCAUUAAGCAGCUGGUUCAGUGCUUAAAGAAAAUCAACGAACCUGUUUCAGUGGAUCACCUGGUCCAUUACUCCAACAUGUCUGUCACCGAUCCCAAGGCCUUCAAGGAAAAGAUUCAAAUGCUGCUAGGUAUCGCAACGCGUCUGGGCCUCGUUGAGGAGCACAAUCAUCACUACUUUGCCAGAAGUCAUGCGGAAGAUAUACUGCCGGUGCUAAACAGAAAAAGACAACCGAAGAAGGAUAUGCACUUGGAUGCUGUCCGAUGCACUUGCCCCGUAGAUUGUGACGGGAGCUGUGCGAUUGCAGCUGAUGACGGGAGCUGGCUGUCCAUCGCCUCUGGCAGAAACAAUGGGUCAUCGGGACACCCUGCGCCAAGCCACGAAUCGUUGGUCUCUCAUCUCUCCUCUGAGGAAGUGUUGGAGGACAUUGAAAGCUCUCGGCACUUGUUCUUAGACGACAGCUGCUGCGUUUCCACGUCUAGCGAGGAACAAAAUGGCUCUAAUUUGGGCACAAAACAAAAGAAAAGCAACGUCACCAAAUAGAUAUGGAUAGAUAUCUAGACUCUUCUUCAAUGACCCGGGAUCUUAGUAGUCUUAAGGGUUUGGCACCACUUUGAAAAUACCUGGCUGAUGUCUGUAUCUCUCGUCUGUGCUCCGUCCCACGCGUUGCGUUUUAGUACCUGAACGCUCCACUGGCAAAAAUCACUUAGCGGCUGACGAAUUGGAUGGCAGACGCUUAGAAUAUUAUUAUAGGCUAAAUUAACUGUAAACUAAUGAAAAUUAAAUUAUAUUUUAACCACGCGA